GAUUUUCACACAGACUAAGAGCUUGAUCACAGAGGCUAUGCCGAGGACGUAAAGUACUGAGCCUGAAGCUGAAGGUUCAUGAUGAGUUGUUUCCUGCUCUCCGUUUGGAGGUCCAGUUUGAUUCUCUGCCUGGGUCAGCUUUUGCGUUGUGGAGAGGCCAGAGUGAAAACUGAAGUACAAGCUGGGCCUCUGUAUCGUGUGUUAGGCUCUCCCCUCUACAUCACCUGCAGUGUGAGUGGCUUCAGAAGUGAAAACACUGACAAACAUUUUGAAUUCCGUAUGACGAAGCCUUCAAACCCAAACUUUGAGAUCCAAAUCAUCAGUUCCAAUGAUGAUAAUUUUGGAUAUUCCAAUCACCAAAGCCGUGUAAGAAAAAAUGAAAUUGCUUUGAAACGUCUCUCACCAAACUCAGUCCGCUUCGAGAUAAAAAGCCUGCUGAAAGAUGAUGAAGGGGAAUAUGAAUGUACUGCAGUCAACUUAGAAGGUGCUUAUGAUGGAGAGUAUUCUGCUAAGACAGUCGUUAAAGUGAUUGAAGACUCCCUGAGUGUCUCAUCAUCUGCUUCCACACCACUGAGCUUAAACGAGGGUGAAGCUCUCACUUUAACAUGCCUGGCCUCUAGCAGCACCAGCCAGCACACCCAUCUGUCUGUUGCCUGGUAUCUCCAUAAAGAUGGACAGGAGGACGCUCAGCCUAUCAUUUCUCUGAAUAGAGAUUUUACACUGAGUCCAGGCCAGGGGUUUGAAAGGCGUUACCAAGCAGGUCUCAUACGCUUAGAUAAAUUGGGAGAGGCCACAUACAACCUACAGAUUGCUAAGGUUGAGCCAUCAGACCGAGGUAGGAUCUACUGUCAGGCUCAGGAGUGGAUCCAAGAUCCUGAUGGCUCCUGGUACAUCAUCAUACAGAAGAUUGCAGAAGAAAUGACCCUGACAGUUAAAGCCACAGAGGUGGUGGAGCCAUCGUCUCCGUCUCUGGCAGUGGAGAUCUCAGCACAGCCAGCAGCGCUGCAGGAGGGGCAGGAGCUGAUGCUGUCCUGUGAUAUAAACACACAGGACGUGGAGAAAAGAUUCUUCUCUGUAGCAUGGCUCAAGGGAAGUGUGGAGCUGGCCCGCAUUGGUCCCACAGGCGUUCUCACUGUGGCACCAGUGUACAGUGUUCGCCAGAAAAAUGGAGAACUCAGAGCCGCCCGAAGCGGGAACGGAAAUUACCGUCUCAUCUUAAAGCCUGUGAGAACUGAGGACCAGGGAGAGUAUACCUGUAGAGUCUGGCCUCAAGAGAGAGGCCAAGAUGAUGCUUUUAUUGAGGGAGAAGCCAAAGACUCCAGCCCACAGCGGGUCAGCAUCUCAACCACAGAAAACAGGCUAACAGUCAAAAUGCAGCAGGCUGUAAAUGUGGCCGAAGGGGGCGGGCUGCAUCUCUCCUGUAAAGUGGAUGGGGUUCAAGGUCAACUCUCUGUCACCUGGCAACUCAAAUCAGCACGAAUGGCCUCGUUCACCAACAUCAUCAGUAUAAGUCAGGAGGGUGUUACAGAGAUAGCAGAGGAGUUCAUGAGUCGCAAAGUGAGGGUGAUGCGUCCAGCUACUCACAACUUCACCUUAGAGCUUGAUGAGGUCACACUGUCUGAUUCAGGAGUGUACCAGUGUGCUGUGUCUGAUCGCAAACCUAACGGCAAGACUCACAGCCAGACGCAAACUACCACUGUGACAGUGAUCUCUAUAGAAAACAGGCUGUCAGUCAAAAUGCAGCCGGCUGGAAAUGUGGCCGAAGGGGGCGGGUUGCAUCUCUCCUGUAAAGUGGAUGGGGUUCAAGGUCAACUCUCUGUCACCUGGGAACAAAAAUCAGCAUCAAUGGCCUUGUUCACCAAGAUCAUCAGUAUAAAUGAGGAGGGUGUUACAGAGAUAGCAGAGGAGUUCAUGAGUCGCAAAGUGAGCGUGAUGCGUCCAACUACUGACAACUUCACCUUAGAGCUUGAUGAGGUCACACUGUCUGAUUCAGGAGUGUACCAGUGUGCUGUGUCUGAGCGCAAACCUAAUGGCAAGACUCACAACCAGGCACAAACUACCACUGUGACAGUGAUCUCUAUAGACACGCUGAUGGAAGUGUCUCUAAUCAGUCGCAAGAAUCAGGUGACUGUUGGAGAAAAAUUGGAGUUGAUGUGCCGGGUCAGAGGGCCACACAUGCCGGUAACAGUGACUUGGAGCGUGCAACGUGAGGCUAAAACACCAGACACCAUCCUGACACUUUCCCCUGAUGGCACCAUCAGUUGGUCUGGAGAUCAGAACCACUACCAGCUACGAGUAGAAAGCAGAAAAACUGAAGUCAUUUACUAUCUGCUGGUCAUUGGUACCAGCCACAGAGAAGGAGGAAACUACCAGUGUAAUGUGUCUGUCUUACUGAAGAAUGUGCACAAGGAGUUGAAAGCAUCCAAUCAGCUUGCUGUGAUAGUAAACAACCCAGUAAGCAGACUUGAUGUGUCACCCAUCCCUGCGUUGACAAGAAACAUGAACACUGACAUAACAAUAAAAUGCUCCAUCGUCACAAAAACGUCAGAAUCAUCACUCUACUCUAUCACCUGGCUGCAUGAGGAAAAUGCAGGAAAUAAGACCAUUGUAAGCUUGGACCGGAAUUCCAUAGUAACGGAAUCCCAGACGGACCUGAGUCAGCGAAUCAGCAUGAGGCGCAGCACAGGACCCACUUUUGAACUGACUAUUCGGCAAGCUCGAAUCUCAGAUAAAGGUUCAUAUACAUGCAAAGUGGGCGAGUGGCUUCAAGAUCCUCGUGGUGAAUGGUAUCUGCUCUCAACAGUGUCCAAAAGCACAGUGCUAACAAUUACUGAGCCUGCCAACGACCUUCGUUUAGAUAAGAAAGAGCAGCAGCUGACUGCCAAAGAAGGAGAAGAAGUCGAGCUCAACUGUAACAUCACCUCAGGAGCUUCUGGUUCUUCCGUUUUCUAUGGAGUCAUUUGGCGUUAUGCUGCACACAGUUCUUCUUUGAAGAACGCCUCCCUGGUGGAGCUUGACCACACCGGCCUGGUGAGUUACCCAGACAACAAAGACAUCAGAGGCCUGCAGGAGCGGCUACGCCUGUCCAGACCCACUCAGAAAAGCUUUUACCUAAGUAUUCAGAAAGCCCAUGAAGAGGAUAGUGGAACCUACUGGUGCCAAGUGGAUCAAUACCAACUGGACAAUAAAGCUCACUGGCAGCUGAAGGCCUCAGACAGUGGUGGUGCUAUCAAACUCAGUGUAAAAGUAACAGAAAACAAUCUCUCUAUUCCAAAGGAGGAAGUGUCGAGGAAUAUAAGCAGAAACCAGGAUUUGACUAUCUCCUGUAACAUCAAUAAACAAUCCAGCCAUGAAUCCAAGUUCCAGGUCACAUGGUUUUGGAAGAAAGAAAUAGAAACUAAACAGCGCCCCAUAUUCACAGUCUACAGAAACUCGACUCUGCAACACAGGUUUGAGGAAAAUGUUCGCCUGAGAUACGACCACCCUGACCCCAGCCAAUUCAGCCUCACGUUCUUGAACCCUGGCCCUGAAAAUAGUGGCCUGUAUUUCUGUGAGGUAGAGGAGUGGCUGCCUUCUCUGUCUCGUGGGUGGAGAAAAGUUGCAGUGGAAAAGUCAGGGCAUUUCAAUGUCAGUGUUCUCACAGAAGGUGAUGCUAAUGCCGUAUCUGAAUGUAACACAACAACCUAUACAAUCGUUAUUGUAGUUCUCAUCAUCAUAGUGGUGGUUAUAUUAUUACUGAUGUUCAAGGUGUGCAGAAGUAAAGGCUCACAAGGAAAAAAGUCAACUCCAUCUCUCUGGGCUGAAUCACUACCUAUGAACAACAAACCCAGUGGAGACGACUGAACAUCAAAGACAUUUUCUGGUUUCUUUUAGAUAUGGUGCAAAAAUAUGCAAAAGUUUCCAUUUAAAAUCAUUGUGUCCAUUCAUUUGUUUAUAACAUUCCAUGAAAUAGCUCUGCUGAUUUACUUUCAGUACAGGUAGGAAGAAUUUUUUUCUUUAGGAGUUGAUGAAACUAAAUUUAGAAAGGCACUUCUCAUUUUAUAGAUUCUUCUGCUCAUUUUUAAUGCCCAAAUGCACAAGCAGCUGAACUGUGGCAAGUCUGUGGCUUCACAUCUGCGAAGACGUUGCAAUGUAGCACGUCUUCAUGCAGUUAUCAUAAAUUGUGGUGAAUGUCUAACUAGUUCAGCAAUUACUCAACCGGGAAGUGCCGUGGUAAUGCUCAGAAUGACUGUGUGGUCUCGAAAUCCUGCUGAGUUGUCCAUGUGGCAGACAUUUAAAUGUUAGAUAUUGAUCGCCACAGUGUUCUUAAGAAUUUUCACAAGAUGCUUACUAAUGCAAACUUUUCCUUUUUUUGCUGUUGUUGCAAAAUUGUUCUGCUAAAGCUUACGCAAAUUGUUUGAUGAUGACAGUAUUUCUCAUUUGCAUCUGAGCCAUGAUGCACAGUGUUAUAUAUAUAUGUGUGUGUGUGUGUGUGUGUGUGUGUGUGUGUAUAUAUGUCUCAUUUAUUUUAUGUUGGUCACAUGCAAUCUAGCAUUUCAUUUUUUUCAUUGCUGUGGCUUGAAACAAUAAUUCUGAUUUGAAUUUUUAACUGAAGAUAAACCCCACAUAAACAAUAGACCUUGACAGUUCAUCAAUUCACUAGCUGGGCCCACGUCCUCAUUUUAGGUUUGACAGCGUUUUGGUAGGUAAAAGUGAAUGGCUUUGACAUGAAUUGAGCUGCGGUUUGGGGAAGGCCUCGAAGGGGACUGGCGAUGGCUCACGGGCCUGGCAGAUCCCCAUGUACUAAAUAGAAGCGAAGAAGUUAAAGAAUAGAGAACAAGGAGGG